AUGGGUGGCAGGACUGAAUCACGGGAAGCAUUGGCCGCACUCGUGGCAGCGUUGUUGCUGCUGCUGGGUUUUGUGAGUCCCGUUAUAGGAGACCAAACCGUGGGCACCAAGGUGAUUGUGAACCUCUUCAACAGUUGUACUACUUGUACUGUUGGGCAGGCGGAUGGCGAAAGUGCAAAGGGAAAACUUUUCAAGGCGUCUGGUGGUUUCUUCCAAAAGAAGCGUUUUCCUUUACUUUUAUGUGAUAUCGAAGGUGGUGGAUCCACCGUGCGACUCGUAAACAAAACUGGCAUAUAUACAAUUGCAGGCAGUCUGACGCAACGUGGUAAUAAAGACGGCCCCAAGGGAGAUGCACUAUUCAACAAUCCCACCUCAGUUGUAAGCGUCAACGAUGAUAUUUACGUGGCAGACAGGGAUAACAACUGUAUUAGGCGAAUAGAUGCUGAGGGCAAUGUAACCAGAUAUGGACCACAAGACCUUAACAAACCGAAGGAUAUUCUCCCAUUCACAUUGAACGGGACUCAGAAUCUAUUCAUUUCCGACACAGGCAAUUCGCAGAUCCUUUAUGUGCCACUGGAUGCUAAUAACACAGUGGUAACUACACUAGUCGCUGGCUUCCAACCUGGUGUGAUGCAAAUAAGCAAAGAAAAGAACAUGAUGUAUGUCGUAAAAAACACCUCAUGGAUUGCAGCGGUUAAUUUGAGCAAAACUGGGGAGUCUGAUAUUGGAAAAAGUAAGGAUAUAGGUGAUGUGACGUGUCUGCACUACAAAAGUGCUCUGAUGCUGACUCAAGCAGAGGAUAAACUAUAUUAUUACGGUGAGCCCAAUGGAGAGGGGUACAUCAUGUCACUAGAGGUGGAACGCCCAUCUCCAGCAUCCCAAUGGUGUGCGCAGUCAAUGUUGAAAUGGGACUAUGAUCGGAUUGUCUCAUUGUUGAGGGUGAAUGACAAAGAGUAUUAUGCUACAACAGAAACGGCCGUGUAUGCCAUUCGUGAUGUAGGCUAUACACCGACGCCAACGCCUCCACCAACGCCCCCUCCCACGCCUUCGGUGCCGCCAUCACCUUCUCCCAGCCCAUCAGCAUCGCCGUCACCAUCACCAUCAGUGCAGCCGCCACCGCCACCGCCACCACCACCACCGCCGCCGCCGCCGCCGCCGAUUACUCCCAAUCCGGAUCCCCCUUCACCUCCGAGACCCACAGCUGUUGCCGCCUUUCGCGCUUCUUCGUUCCCAAUUGAUGAUGUAAAACUUAUGCAUGCUCUGUAUUCGUGGAUUAUGAGGGAUGUUGAGAUCGCUUUCGGCACAGAUGACUUUUUUGCUGUUUUCCUCCCCCCAGGUUACAAUGACGUGCCUGGUGGUACAAAUGUUUCGACGUGGACAAACUUGACAGCUCUAGAGAACUUCGACAAGAACAUCCUUAUUACCAACUACCAAGGGCCUCCUGGUAGGAGCAAGCAAGAACUACAGAAGCGGUUGUUCUCGUCUCCAUGGAACUGGACACGGAAGUUUCUUGAUGAAUUGGUACGACAAGAGGAGUGGGAUCACCUAUCACCAUUCUGCAUGGUGAAGUGUGUGGAUGAUUGUCAGUACAUUUCCUUCAAUGAAUCUCUGUGUGUAGACGAGCUUCAGUUCCAGGUGCAUGAGGACCUGCGUGCUGCAGGAAUCGCCUCCUCAGUGCUCUUGGGCCUUCUUGCCAUCAUGCUGCUGUGGUUGCUCAUAGCAAGUCCACCGAAUGCAAGAUCUACUUUUGUGCGACUGCCGGCGCUGGAGUAG